CCCACCCCUGCUGUGCGGGCCAGUCGGCUGCCCCGAGCCCUCGCAUCCCCCCAUCCCGGGACUCCUCCGCAAUUCCGGCAUGCGCCCGCCUUUCGCCUCGCCCCGUCUCUUCUCGGGCGCCACAUUCCUGCCUAAUUGACUAAUGCCGUUCUGUUUACCUUGGGUUUGUUAUGACAAAUAAGAUGGAUUUUUCCUGGCGCUCGAGUGCGGCAGUUUCCAAACAAACCGAGAGGCGCGAUGCGCCGAGCAGGGCACACCAGCGCGGGAGGGAGGGGCGCAUGUGCUCGCACAUGUCCUGCGGGCAGCGGGAGCCGCCUGCCUUUCAUUGUCGGGCUGUUUGUUUGCCGCUCUGGGCCUGUCGCUCGUGUUUUGGCUACGAUCUCGGCACUUUCGUCUCCGUGCCGCGGAAACGGCUUGCAUUUUUGUGCCAGCACUGUGUGUGUGUGUGUGUGUGUGUGUGUGUGUGUGUGUGUGACCCGCAGGGUGUGUGGGGUUGGGUGUUAUUCUCUGCUCAGUUUUUUCUUCUGGCAGCAACACGUAGGAUGCAGGACAGUGGAAGCCCCUUCACUCCUGCCAGCAUCCCUUCCCGAGCCGCACGUCCACGAACAUGCGCAGAGUGUUUUCUCUCAUUCAACUGAUCUAUUCCCAGGGGCUUGGGAACGGUCCUGGCUGCUUUGCCCCUUCUCCGCCUCACAGACUCGCGUGUUGACGGGCGAAGCCCCUGCCGCAGCUCAGGGCUGGCACCUCGACAAGCUCGCCCGGCCAGGCUGUUUUCUUUUCUCACCUCUGUCAGGCAGCCUUGCUGCACAAUGGAUGGAACGGGUGUCCCUCUCUCUCGUCCGGCGUCUGGGGAGCUUUUGCUUCCGCCAGAGCGAGGCCGUGCCGAGCCCCCAGCUAUCUCAGCCUCUCGGAAAAACAACCAGGGUUUUCUUUCUUAGAAGACCUCGUUGGCAGAAAAUCCAUUUGCUCCUAGGAUUUUCCCGUGUUUGCAUUUAUUGGGGCUCUCGAAGGCUUUGUUGUGUGAGCAGCUGAAGUGGAAACUGCGGGGAAGGAGUGUGCUCUUGGGAGUCUUCUGAAAGUUAGAAUAGGUUUGGGGAAAGACCCGGAAAAUCCAUUCGCGAGAACCCAGAAGGUCUUCCGGGAUUAUUUUAGGAACUGGGCAGCUUCCCGUGGAAACCCUACUCAAGCCGUUCCUACCUCUCUCCCUGCCUUCCUCUGUAAUGAUGAGGGGAUAAUAUUGGCCUACCUUGCAAGGUUGCUGUAAGGUCGCGUACUGGACAAUGCAUAUGAGGUGCUUUGAGGGCACUGUACAAAUGCCAGGUAUCCCAUGUUCCCUCUUGGUGCAAAAGUACCAAACUUUUUUCUUCCGACAAAGAAAAAAAUGUUUUUCAGCAACAAAAUUGGCUCUUUUGAAGGGAAUAGGGACUGGAGAACUUUGUAGGCGCCGCUGGAAUGUUCCAGCAAUUUCUGUUUCCCUCACAGCAUUCCAGAAAUCGCGGUUUUCUAGCUGACGGUGGGGACAUCCAAAUGGCGUGGCGGAGGGUGUCCGUGCUCCUUCCUCCGGGAGAUGGUCACAAUGCCAGGGGGGUUCUGGGAAAAGCAAAAUGGUGGACAGUAGCCCAACCGCGCGGCUGCUGGCCAUUAGCGCUGGCCUGUGCCUCUGUGCCGCCAGGCCGGCUCUGAGUCGGGGGGCUGCGUGGGGUGGCCCUGGGCACACCUGCUCCGCUCGGUCCGUCUCCUGCCGUCUUCCCUCUGAGGUCUCCCAAACGCAGCCGGCCAUUUUGGGAGAGGGCCGGGUGGAAAAGGCCCUGUGGAAAUAAACCUGUGCCAGGAUGCGAUUUGGCUCCGCCGGGGUUGCCCACAAAUAGCUCUGGCCUGUCUCGCAGGAUUGAUCGUUCCCAGCAAAACACCGGGUAGCUCUCCCGCUCUUGCUGACGGAGCUGGAAAGUCUCGACGGCUCUCGAACGUGACGGCCAGAGGAGGCGCCGCACUUGGAAGCCGUCUGGAGAGGAAGGGCUUUUUUCCGGCCUGUGGGCUUCCAGCUGGCUGAUGCCGGCUCUGGCUGGACCGGCCGCCUCUCUUCGGUCCGUUCCUCGGAGGCCCGGGUUGGAUGCGACACGAUGUGCCAUCCCCGGGACGUGGCGUGUCUCAGCUUGGGGCCUGGUGGAUGGGUUUCGGAACCGGUUUGUUCCGGACCCGGUAACCACAGUCGCACGACCGCAGUGGUGAACUGACCCAGGCAGUCGCAAGCAGAGAGAAAGCAUUUACGAACGGGCGUGAGUCAAGGCCUGGUGCACUUCAGAGGGAUUACGGCUGCCGUGACUUCAGCUCACUGCUGGCCCAGCCAUUGGCUGUGUUGCUGAGGAUGAUGGGAACUGUAGCUCAGCGCAGGCCCAGGCACCGGACUGGAAAAGGCCAGUGCAUGCGAAAAGAACAAACAACCGGCGCACGCGAACAGAAGCGAAUUGGGGGAAUAGUUGCAGUAUUCCUAAAAUCCGGUGUUAGUUUUGCAGCCCAGAUUCGGCUUGCUCUGAAAAGCAUGGUGGCCGUAUCCACAGAGCCCAACGAGAAUACGCAGUUUUGUAUUUAUAUAUACCAUUUAUUACUGCAGGUUGUCAACCCAAGCAACACACAUUGUCUCAGGAAAGAACUUUUAGCAGGAAGCAAUUGUUAGUCGAGGGGAAAUAGGGUGGAAUUCUUCGAGGCCUGAAAGGCCGUCACAAGGAGGAAGGGCAGGAUCACUUCUCGGAGCAGGGAAUAACGGGCACACGCCCCACGCUUCUGUCCUGUGAUUCCAGGAAAAAGCCCUUUCCAACCACGGCAUGCGUGCGUUCUCCAGAAUUCUGCCACGUCGCUUCCACCAGCGGCUUGUGCCACCGGCCGAGCAGCGAAUCCCCUCUUUGGAGCAGGGGAUGUGUCAGGCCUCCAUCCCAGAGCACUUGCUGAAACUUUGGAACAUGUUCCGGGUCUCCAACAUUCCUUCGCUGAUAUUUAUAGACGCCAGCACUGGGAAGGUUGUGUGCCGGAAUGGCCUGUUGGUUAUCCGAGACGACCCAGAAGGCCUGGAGUUUCCAUGGGGCCCCCGGCCAUUCGGCGAGGUGGUUGCCGGACCUCUCCUCCGGAAAAACGGCCAGUCGCAGGAGAGUAGCGUCUUGGAGGGCUCCCAUGUCGGCGUUUACUUCUCCGCGCACUGGUGCCCACCCUGCAGAAGCCUCACCCGGGUGCUGGUGGAAUCCUAUCGGAAAAUCAAGGAGGCUGGUCAAAAAUUUGAGAUUGUCUUCGUCAGCGCAGACAGGUCAGAAGAUUCGUUCAAACAGUAUUUCAGCGAGAUGCCCUGGCUUGCGGUCCCGUAUGCUGACGAAGCCCGGAGGUCACGCCUAAACCGGCUCUAUGGCAUCCAAGGCAUCCCGACCCUCAUCAUCCUCGACCCCAAGGGGGACGUGAUCACCCGGCAGGGCCGCGUGGAGGUGCUGAACGACAUCGAAUGCCGCGAGUUCCCCUGGCACCCCAAGCCCGUCCUGGAGCUGACCGACUCCAACGCUGUCCAGCUGAACGAGGGUCCCUGCCUCGUCCUUUUCGUAGAUUCCGACGACGACGGGGAGUCCGAAGCAGCCCGGCAGCUGAUCCAGCCCAUCGCCGAGAAGAUCAUCGGCAAGUACAAAGCCAAAGACGAGGAGACUCCGCUGCUGUUCUUCGUGGCCGGAGAGGACGACAUGACCGACUCCCUGCGGGACUACACGAACCUCCCCGAGGCCGCGCCCCUGCUCACCAUCCUGGACAUGUCCGCCCGGGCCAAGUACGUCAUGGAUGUGGACGAGAUCACGCCCGACAUCGUGGAGACGUUUGUGAAUGACUUUCUAAUGGACAGGCUGAAACCUGAGCCCAUAUAGAGCCGAGCGCAGGCAGGGGGGCUCGGAGCCGGGGGGCUGCCCCGCCGGCUGCCCUUCCCAGCCUCGCUCGGACGUUACCCGCCCCCCCCGCCCCCCAGCUCUGUAUGCAGCCUGCGCUUGACCUCCUGCGGUGCCUUGUUCUCAAAAGCAGAGCUUUCUCCUCUCCCGGGUGCCUCGGAAGCCAGCUUUCUCGCAAGGUGCUGUUCUCGGCGGGAGGUGCUGGCGGGGUGCGGGGGGGAGACCCGGCGUGGGCACGGGGGGCCGGUGGGACGCCCGGGGCGGCGUGGUCCGGACGUGCACUAGAAGGGCGGGCGCCUCGCCCCUUGCGCGGGCCGCGUCGCCAUUUUAAACAUGCCUUCGGGGCCGCUCACACAACCGGCGGCACGGCAGCCGUGGUCCCCUGCCUCCUCCCCCUCGCCUUCCCGGGGGGGGGGUACCCCUUCCUCCUGCCCCCGCCCCAUCCCAUCCCAAGCGAGCCCACUGACCCGUCGAGACCGUCUGCUUUUGCUGACUGUUUCGAAGGAAACCUCGCCGGGAGCCAGGCAGUUCCCCCAGGAAAUCAUCCCCUUUGCUUUUGGGGAUCGGACGAGGGUCUUCCACAGCUUCCAAAACACCCAAGGGAAGCAUUUCAAGCAAUGCCGAUCCCAACCAGUCCGUGUGACCGAUAAGAUUUCAUUUCCUCUCUUUGUCAAAUUAGGGACAUAAGCACAGAAACAGAGCGGGUCAGAAGGGGCCUCCGGGCCAUCUAGUCUGACCCCCGGCCCCAGCCGGCUCCGCUCAGGACGUGCCCACCAUGUGGACGUCACAUUAGGGAUGAGUUAGGAAGACGGAGGUUCCUCAGCUGAAUCCAGAGCCCAGAACCAAGCUGGACAGGCUGAGGUACGAGAUGCAGCGCAGCUUUUGCGAGGGCACCGCUGCCCAGGUCCCCGCUCGCCGAGCUCGCUCAGGUUACAGUCCGGGUCCCGUCCCUCUUGCAAUUCAGUGCCGUGCGUGUGACUGAUCUGGCCAACAGACUGUCUGUCUUGGAUGACCGUCGGCAUGGAAAGGACGCUAUUCCCAUCGUCCUCCUCCAGUUGGGACUGUGACCCAAGCAGCUGGGCUGCUGCCCCCUUGCCCAGGCGGCCUCCCGGGCAUCCGAUGUCCACACUUAAGGACCGGGAAGUGCCGGGCAAAUUAAAUUCGCCAGUGUCCUGGCGUCUGCAGCCCCGUCUUUACAGGAGUCAAAGCACAAGAGAGGGGGAUGGGCAGGUAUGGGGGGCUUUGGGCCCCCCUGGGAGAUAGAAAGGGGGGAAGAGGACAGGCUGCAGGAGCUGCCCCAUGGGGUGACGAUGGGGGGAACCGUUUGCAUGGAAUGGUCCAGAUUUUGGAGCCAAGCCUUCCAAACUAAUAAAUGCAUCGUUAUUCUCUUUUUUUUUUCCCUUUUGGAGAGUGGUAGGGCAGCCAGCCCCACCUCUAAAUUAAGCCGAAGGCCGUUCCCUCCCCUCUGCUUCAAAGGUGACCCAUCUUCCCGUGCUUCUAGCCAGAGACGCCACCCAGUUCAAAGCCGCCCCGAAAUCCGGGUUUACUUGGAGCAGCGAAUCACCUAUUUCAGUGCUUUGCCCCACGGUGGGAGGGACGGCACCGGCUGCUCGGACGGGCAGCGAGCUUUUCAGAGGGGCCCUCCUGUAGCCGAGGGCCGGGUUCCGCUUUCCACCCCAUGCCGAAAGACUCGCAGCCGGCCCCCGACCAACGGGCCACCCCCCAGCGCCCCCGAAAGAACGCCUCGGACUGCUUUACAUCGAUCCGUUUCUUUUUCACCCCCUUCUUUGUAGAGCCCUCCCUUCACAUAAGUACCCCCCCCACCCCACAUGCAGACAGCUGGUAGUUGAUAGAGUGGGCCUCCGCAGAGGCGGUUUCCCCUCGUCAGCGCCGCCCUCGGCCCUGGGCAGGGAGGGGGAGCCGUGGCACUCGAGUCGGGAAGCGCGGCGCCUGCUCCUCUUGCUUCUUUUCCUCUGGCGAAGUCGGACGUUGUAAAAACUGUACAUGGUGAUUGGAACUUUGUAAUAAAAACUGUUCUAGGAACCGGAA